GUUUACAGCACGUACAAUAAAUAUCUCCCAACCCCUCCACCACAUCGCAACAAUCAUAGCACUGUAUACUUUUCUCCAGAGAACCAACCAUCUCUGGCAUCAUUACCAUUCACCACACAUACAUCUUCUCAACCUAAGUCAACCAAAAUGUCCCCUCCCUCCUUCCGCGAACACAUCGGCCUCCCGCCCUCAACCGCCACCCUCCACGACUCCACGCUGAUCAUCAUCGACGCGCAAAACGAAUACGCCACCGGCAAGCUGCAAGUGCACGACGCGGCCCACUCCCGCGCCGCCAUCGCCGACCUCCUCGCCCGGUACCGCGCCGCCGGCGCCAAGCAGAACAUCGUCCACGUUUUGCACCGUACCCCCGCCGGCGCCCCCGUCUUCACCCCCGAUACCCCGCUGGCCGAGGAAUUCGAGGAGCUCCAGCCCCGCCCCGACGAGAAGGUUAUCUUCAAGCACUUCCCCAGCUCCUUUGCGCAGACGGAGCUGCACGAGCACCUUCAGGGCUUGGGGGCUGUCGGGAAGAAGAUCGUGCUCGUCGGGUAUAUGGCGCAUGUGUGUGUGUCGACGACGGCUCGGGCCGGGCAUGAGCUCGGGUAUGAGGUGCUGGUGGUGAAGGAGGCGGUGGGCGAUCGGGCGAUUCCUGGUGUCGAGGCGGAGACGUUGGUCGAUGUCGCGCUGUAUGAGAUCGGGGAUGCUUUUGGGACGGUCCUUAAAGAGGGGAAGGAGAUUGGGGAGUGAGAGGGGGUUUAUGUCUCCGGAAAUGAGUAAAGUUGGGAUGUUCAGGGCUGUAUUUCAAUUUCAAUGAAUUUGUGAGGAACUGACAUGUAUAGCUUGAUUCUGAAUGAUAAAUUGCUCAGUGC